AUGGCGACCCCCGACCUUUCAACCCUCACCUCCUCCGCCCAAGUCUUCUCCUCGAACUACACCCUCCUACAGAUCCGUGGCAUCCACAGAGCCCUCCAUGUAGAAAUCGACGAAAAGGCGAGCCGCCUGCGCACACAGGUCGGCAGCUCCUACCGCGACCUCCUCGGCACCGCCGACACCAUCGUCCAGAUGCGCAAGGACAACGACGCCGUGCAGAACGUCCUCGGCGGUAUGGGCGGGCGUUGCGGCCGCGGCGUUGUCGGGAAGAAGGUGACGGGCCUGGGCGGGUUCGAGCGGAGCGCGAGGGAGCUGGGCGGCAGCGGCGGGGCUAUCGGCGUGGCUGCCAGGGCGAGGCUGCUCGAGGCGUGUGGGCUCGUUGUAGGACGUGUGCUUCGGGGUUCUGGGGCCGCUGGUGUCGGGAGCCAGGAUCUGAGCAAGGGUGAUAGGGUCGUGCUUGCCAGCAAGGUGCUGGUGCUGAGCCGGCUUCUGGUGAAGAGCCUAGAGGCGGAGAAGGGGGCGCUGCUUCUGGAGAGUGACGUCGGACACACGGUCGAAACCGCGAAGAAGAGCCUAGGCGGGCUGAGGAGAAGACUGUUGCGGAAUAUCGAAACCUUGCUGGAGCGGACGGGCGAGUCCGCCAAGCAGCAGGACGUCCUCAAGGCGCUCUGCGCGUACAGCCUGGCCACCAGCUCCGGCGCGCGCGACGUCGUCAACCACUUCCUGCGCGUCCGGGGCGCCGCCAUGGCCCUGGCCUUCGACGUCGAAGACAACAAGGAGCGGCAGAGGAGCACAGCGGACGUGCUCAAGAGCCUGACGCUGUACACCAAGACGCUGCUCGACGUGCAGGCCCUGGUGCCCUUCAAGCUCUCCGACGCGCUGUCGAAUCUCAAAAAGAGCCCCUUGCUGGCGGACGCGACACUCAAGACGGUCGAGUGCCUGCGCCUCGACAUCUACGAGCGGUGGUGCGGCGAGGAGAUUCAGUUCUUCACGCCCUUUGUGCGGCACGACGACCUCGACGGCCCGCAGGCGCGCGACAUGCUCUUCAGCUGGGCGAAGCGGGGCGGCGAGGUCCUCGUCGACGGGCUCAGGAAGACGAUGGAGCGGAUGACGGAGUUCAAGGCCAUCACGGAGCUGCGGACGAGCGUGCUGCAGCUCUGGAUACGCGAGGGCGGCAAGGCGCGCGGAUUCGAUCCCUCAGAGAUGCUCGACGAGCUGCGCGGCGCCGUCAACGGGCACAUGCUCCGCGUCGUCGAGACAAAAGUCAACAAGCUCCACCUCGUCGGGUCCGAGGUCUCGGCGACGCUGAAUUCGUGGCAGGACGGCGUGACGGACGAAGGGGUCGAUUUGUGGAACGUGCGCGGAUUCGACAUAGACCUGAUCCACGGCGCCGACCACUUCCUCCAGGAGCUCGUCGCGCGGCUGCACGGCCGCAACGACGCCGUGUCCAAGGCCGUCAGCGGGUUCCAGUCGUGGCGGCACAUCAUUGACGAGGUGGGCGAGGUGGUGGAGCAGCUCAAGCGACAGCGGUGGGACAACGACAUUGACGAAAUCGAGGACGAAGAGACGAUCGAGGCGAGGCAGCAGUUGCUCAGCAGAGAGGACCCGCGGAUGCUGCACGAGAAACUCGACGCGACGCUGGUCAAGGCCUUUGCGGACCUGGACGAGAAGCUGGCGGGUCUCUGGCGGUCUAGGGAGGCUGCGCAGAAUAGCGGCAGGGUGGCCAUGUACCUCCUCCGCAUCCUACGCGAUGUGCGUGAGGGCCUGCCGAAGCUCGAUGCCGUGAAGCGGUUCGGGCUGGAGGUUGUCCCGUCGCUGCACGAACGGCUAGCUACCACCGUGGCCACGCAACCGUUAGAAACAUUCAAGGGCAGGGCGCUCACGCAAAAGACUGUUGUUGGGCGGCCGCUGUGGGAGGGGAGCCCCGAGUUGCCUACGCAGCCCUCGCCUAGGGUAUUCCAGUUCCUGCGGGACGUGUCAACGGAGAUGGGCGAUGCGGGUAUGGAUCUCUGGAGCGCGGUGGCCGUGGGCGUGAUUAAGCGGCAUCUCGGGACGCAGCUGGGCGAGAUGUGGCUCGAAGCCUUGGAGGCGCACCUCGCGGAGGAUGUCACCGGGGAUGCGUCUGAUGCGAAGCCUGACGAUGGUGCCAAAGACUCGGCAGAGGAGAAUGGUGAUGACAAGGAGGCCGAGGCAUCUGACGCAGAGAAGCAGGAAGACGCUACCGGCGAAGAAAAGCCAGAAGAAACAAACGGGGAAGACACAAAGGAGAAGGAGGAAGGAGCAUCAAACCAGGAACCAGAGACCACCGAACCCGCAGCAAAGGCACCGGCAAAGGUGGACGACGGCCUCGCCCAGCAGCGCCGCGACCUCCUCAUCCAAUGGCUCUACGACGUGUCCUUCCUCCGCUGCUACCUCGAUACCCCCACGGCAAGCCAAAACAACAACGACCUGGUGAGCCUGGAGGGAACGAUCUUCAAACACACGGGCUUAGACAGCGACGGGGCGCGCCAGCGGAUAGGCAAGUCGUCGCAGGAGUACCACAAGAAGACGAGCCUGCUUUUUGGUCUCUUGUGA